AUGGCUAGUGAAAAAUGGAGUCAAUUUUUUAAUUUCUCGUCUAUCGAUAAAAAUCGAGUUAACGGACUCUGCAAGUUAUGUCACAAAAACUAUAAAGAUCGUAAUGGUACUUACAAAACAAAUGGUGUUAUUGAUGAUCGAGCAACAGCUGAUACAGCAAGUAUUAAAAAUAGACAAAAUGAAUUCGUUUUAUCUAUUACAAAAAAUCUAAUCAUCAAAUGUGGAUUGCCAUUAAAUUUCGUUGAACAUAUUAGUUUUCGUGAAUUUUUAAAAGAUUGCCAUUUCAAAUUUGAACCUGUAUCAGCAAAAAAAUUGAAAAAUGCUGUUAUUCCAGCACUGAAGGACGAUUUUCUUCAAAAAAUUCAUGAAAUAAUAAAUGAUGCAAAUGAUUUAACAUUAACAAUUGACGUUUGGUCCGAUAGACGAUGCCGGUCAUAUUUACGUGUCACCUGUCACUUUAUUGAUAAUAAAAUGAUACCACAAGCAUUUUUAAUUGAUUUUGCACGAUUCAAAUCGCCCCAUACAGGAGAAAAUAUUUUACAUUUAACUGAAGAUAUUCUUUACGAUUUAAUAUCAGAGAAAAAAUUUUUAAAAUCAUUACAGAUAAUGCAUCCUCAAUGGUCAAGGCUUACAAAUUUGGCUUAUUUACUGACGAUCAAGAUAGUGUUUUGGAACAUCAAACAAAUCCAAUAUCCAAUGAAAACUCAACAUUCGACGGUAUAUGACAUUCAACUGGACAAUUUCGAAAUAAUUAAUGUUCAAUAUCCUGAUGAUGUUGAAGACUAUCAAGGUUUACCAAAAUAUCGGUUGUCUUGUUUUCUGCAUAGUCUUCAACUUUGUGUACGUGAUGGUGUUCAUAAUGCAUCACAUAUAUCCAAGGUAUUAGAAAAAUGCCGAACCCUGUCAAAGGUAUCACAUAAAUCAAAUAAAAUAGCCGAUUUAUUUGAUCAAAUGAACAAAAUAUUAGCAAAGCAAACGUUACAAGAUGGAAUAGUGAAUAUAUGCUGA